AUGGCCGACGACCAGCGUGAGACUUCACCAUCUCCACCUCCAACCACCAAUACUGACAGGAAAGAGCGAGAAUCGUCCAGGGGCGAAGACCGCAGAAGAAGCAGGUCUCCUCGACGGGAUAGAAACAGGCGCGAGGAUCGGCCGCGGCGCAAGGAUGCGGGAUUCAGAUGGAAGGAAAAACGGCGAGAUGAUGACGACUCAAGGCGAGACCGCGACUCGGGACUGCAACGAGGCUACAGAGAUCAUUAUCGACCUCGCUCGAGGUCCAGAACCCCGCCUUCUCGAAGACGCUCCCCUAGGAGAGACGACAAGCGACAAGAUCGGGAAGAACAAGAACCCCGCGAAGAAAAGAGGAAGGACAGACUGGACAAGAAAGAGAAGAAGCCGGCGCCUGCAGUACCAGCGCAGCCAAUGAUCAUUGUCUACGUCAACGACAGACUGGGGACAAAAAAAGCCAUCCCAUGCUAUCCUACAGAUCCCAUAAAGGACUUCAAAGUUAUAGUUGCCUCGAUGAUCGGCAGACAACCUCACGAGAUCCUGCUCAAGCGACAAGGCGAAAGACCAUUCAAAGACCAACUGACUCUCCAAGACUACGGUGUCAGCAAUAAUGUCCAACUGGAUCUUGAGGUUGACACGGGCGAUUGA